AUGACUAGUAAUCAAGGCUGGGUCCACGAGCAAAUGUGCAACCCAAUCAACGAUGAAUUGUUCAAGAGUGUAGUCAAAGAGUACAAGGACCAAGGCUGGUUUGCAAUCUACACGCGGAUGGCCGUCUUGAUGUCGAAGGCCAACAUCGACAAUAUCCAAGGCCGAGUACUCUUGCAGACUCUUCAAUCCAAUGCCUAUGACACUGAAAAGACAAUCGAGCAUGCUCGGACAUACGCUCGGGAAUUUGAGAGUGCAAUUGCCGCAAGUCAGGCACCAUGCUUGUAUAUCAGCCCGUACUACAAUGAGGUUCGCGCGCACGAUGAGUUGGAGUUGUGGCCCAAGUCUGAUGACCCAGCCUUGCUGCAUCCGAUGUCUUCACGAUUGGUUCAGAUCCUUGAAACGUACAAACGUCUGUACAAGGAAACUGGAAAGGAACAACCAUUCCUCAAGAAUGCCAGGUAUGUUAUCUUACUCCAAGCCAUGGCAGCUGGUGAACUUGGAUGCCAGUCAGCAACAAUCUCUCACCAGGUCCUCACCCAGCUAUCUCAGCUCCCAUAUGAUGGCUCUAAGCAGCCAGGCGAAGGCGUUCCCAAGCCGGGUCAUCCGUACAAAAAUGCAGCACCCACUCCCGAGCGCUUGAAGAAGCUUGCACAGGUCGAUCCUCUGAUUGGGCCCAACUGGGAUGGCAAGCUGUCGAGGACUGAUAUCGACUACUUGGCGAACGGAGGUGUCGAGCUGGACAGGGCAAAUGAAGAGGACCCUCAGACUAAGAAGCGGCUUCGAGAGGCUCUUGCACUAUUUGUUGCUGCGGAGAAGAGAAGCCAGGCGAAGAUCGAGGAGGCUAUGAAGAAUAUUUGA